GAUUGCAUUAAAACACUUAUGCUAUUAGAAUUUCAAAUAUCAUCCUUUCAGUUGUCAUUGGUUGUGUAUCAGAUACUACAGAGCAGUGGUUGGACAAUAGAAAGAACGGCAGUACUUUCUUAUCUUGUUACUCUUUGCUCUCAAUUGUUUAUAUUUUACUGGAAUGCCCAUGAGAUAAUUAUUGAGAGUACUGAAUUGGCACAAGCUGUAUUUGAAAACGAAUGGUACACUUUUGACAGGAACAUCCAA